CACUCUACCCGGUACAUCUUGAAAACAGAAGCACUGAACAUAAUUAGCUAUAGAUGGCGCUAUACAACUCACUGCAUUUCUUUGUUUUCAGCAUUUGUCUAUGGAGCGAUAACUAUUGGGUUGGCUUUUGUAGCUUCAUUUAUGGGGCCUUUCGUUGUCAUCAGCAACACCAUAUUUGGCACAUCUGGUGGGCCUCUGCUGGGGGUCUUCACUCUUGGAAUGUUUUAUAAGCGUUCAAAUACUUGUGGUGCAUUGAUUGGAAUGGUAGUAGGGUUUUGUUGUGGUUUAUGGGUUAGUGUGGGUGCUAUAGUUACCAAAAAUAGUGAUGAUGCAUUGGAAAUAUACAAGUUAUCAUUCAUGUGGUACAGUACAUUUUCCUGGUCAAUAACAGUGAUUUUAGGAAUCACCAGUAGUGAAAUUUACAGGUGUAUCAAACCAAGUAUUACAGCUUUAGAAAUUGAUCCAAUGUUGUUGGUCACAUUCCUCAGGCCGACAACUAGAAGAGGAGAAUACCAACAAGCAGAAGAAAUUGAACCAAUGACUUUGAAAGAGUUGAAAAGAGUGAACAGUGCUGAUGAAGAACAGGAAGAACUCAACGGAAUUAUUCCGAACCAACAAAAAGAGUAUUUCCUUUAAUUAUAAGCAUGAAUGCCUAAUACAAGUAGUACAAUCAUGGAUGACAACAUUUUCAUUGGUGUUUUAGUUUUACUUGACCGUGAUGCAGGAACAUACCAAUCAAGGUGAUUUUCCAUUCACUGUUAAAUAUUGCAUAUUGUUUAAAAGGUGCAAACUGAACGUCUGUCACAAAAAUCAUAUGGUUUCAUUUUGAAUUUAAAUUUUUUUUUUUUAUAACUCAAUGUGAAAAUGCCAAUCAUUGAAAAAGGGG